AUGACUGAGCUAAAGUCAAUUGUUGACUUUGGAGAUUAUUUCAAGGAGAAAUACUUCGAUGAUUACAUGGUUCGUUAUUUUCAAUAUCAUGUUAGGGAACCAUCUAAAAUACUAUAUAUGCUAAAUAAUGAGCAUCAAGAUGAAAAAGUCGAGGAAGUAUAUUCCUUAAGUAAAACAAUUUGGCAGCAUAUUGUAGAGUUGAACAAUCGAUCAAAUAAACGCCGAGCACUUCGUGUUUCACAUUAUAAAUUCUUAUUCGAAUCCAUCGACCAACAAUUACUAUUAAUGAAUCGUAUUGCAGAAAGAGAGACUAAUUGGAUCCUUUACCCAUUAUUUGUCUUAGCUCGAGAACUUGUUAAAGUGACUUCACAUAUGACAAAAGUUUUAAAGAUGAAUUCAUCAUAUAUUGAACGAUGUGGUCGCAGUGUACAUCGUUCAUUUACUUUAUGUUUAAACGAUAGGAAUCCAAUAAAGAAAGAGAACCGUCGUAGUGGUGUAUAUAUGUUUAUCAAUUUAGAGUUUAAGAUAUAUCAUUGGCUUGAGAAUAGAGACAUGGUUAAAAAUCUCGUAAAAGUUGUGAAAUCAAGACAAGAAGAUCGAUUCGAACCUCUGAUGUCAUGUGAAAAAUCAUUAUGUUCAAAAUAUAAUGCACAAGAGGUUACGUAUAAUUAUUAUAUGGGACAAUAUUAUGGUUGUAUUGAAAAUGAUUAUGAAACUGCAUUUAUAUAUUUGAAUCGUGCAUUAUUUGGUUGCGAUACACAAUAUUUGACACAAAUGAAUCAAAUUCUUAUAUUAUUAGUACCAUUUGGACUUUUAUCACGUCGAAUAUUUGUUGGUGAUCCAUUAAUGCUUCAAAUAUAUGAUAAGUAUAUGAAUUUAAACAAAAUUAGUAAUGAAGGAUAUGGAACUCAUCAAUGGAUGUGUAAUAAAUACUAUCAUUCUAUUAUUAAAUGUUAUCAAACUGGGAAUUUAACAAAAUUUGAUAAUAUUUUAUCUAAUAGAGAAUUUGAAAUUUUUUUCUUAAAGAAUGGUGUGUAUGUAGCGAUGCAAUUAUUAAGAGAACGUAUAUUGUUACGAUUAGUUGAAUUAGUUUAUCAAAUAAAUGGAAAUGCAAGUAUUUUACCAUUUGAAUUAAUACUAAUUGGAAUGAAAAUUCAAUCUAACUCAGAGAAUGAAUCAAUUAGUGAAUCAAUAAACGAAUUAGAAUGUGAAUUAGCAUGUUUAAUUAGUAAAGGAUUAAUUAAAGGGUAUUUAUCACAUGGUAACAAAUGCAUGGUGGUCAGUAAGACUAAUCCGUUUCCAAAACUUUCCUCAAAAUAG